AUGCCGGAACGAAACGACUACACCGUCGGCUGGGUGAGCGCCUUGCCUAUCGAGCGGGCUGCUGCCCAUGUCGUGCUCGACAAGGUACACGACCGGCUUGACUACAACCCCCACCGGAGAGACAGCAAUACAUACCUUUUGGGGGAGAUUGGGGACCACAACGUUGUCAUCUGUAUCCUACCCAAAGGCGAAUACGGAAUAUCCACUGCGACUGCUGCUGCGACGAACAUGUUGAACACGUUCCCGAGUAUCAGAUUUGGUCUGAUGGUUGGCAUUGGCGGCGGUGCUCCGAGUCGCGAGAACGACAUUCGUCUGGGGGACAUCGUUGUGAGCCGCCAGGAUGGCAACGGCACCGGUGUGUUUCAGUUCGAUUAUGGGACGACUAUCCAGGGCCAAGAAUUUCUUACGACUGGGUAUCUAAACCCACCUCCCCAAAUCCUGGAAGCGGCCGUGGCGGAUAUGGAGGCCGAGCAUCUGGUCAACGGUCACAGUGUCGACGAUGACAUAACCGGGAUAAUCAAGGGAAAACCACAGCUGGAAAGGCUCUUUCGGCGGCCAGGCCAAGACCUGCUCUUCAAGAGCCACGUCGUCCACCCAACGAAGGACGACGUGAACUGCGCCGAGCACUGCGCCGCCGACAAGUCAAAUCUUGUCGACCGACGCCUGCGGGCCCAGGACGAGAGCAGCCCGGCGAUCCACUACGGUCUCAUCGCAUCGUCCAACCAGCUGAUGAAGGAUGCCCUUGUCCGCGACCGAUUCUCGAAAGAAAAGGGGGUUCUCUGCUUUGAGAUGGAAGCCGCUGGCCUGAUGAACAUAUUUGACUGCCUCGUCAUCCGUGGCAUAUGUGACUAUUCUGACUCUCACAAGAACAAAGUAUGGCAGCCCUACGCCGCUUUGGCUGCGGCUGUAUAUGCGAAGGACCUCCUCCUGCGCGUUUCGCCUCUCGGGGUCGAGGCUCAGGAUGGGUUUAUCGACCGGUUUUUAGCUGGUCAGUGGCUUUCCGUUGAGGCAGUAACUAAAAGAUGGAGAGAGAUGAAUGCUAACAAUUAUUGUUCCAUUUGCUCACUUCAGUCGGCGAUGACGGCGCUGUGGUCAAAACGGCCGCCCAGGCCCAAGCCGACAAUGAAACCAACCGCGAACUCCUAG